AUGAAGUGUUGGGUGUGUGUCCUGCUGCUCCUCGUUGGGAUGAGGAAGGGCAGAGCGAUCGUAGUGGAAGAUGAUAUUUAUUACCAAAAGGAGGAACUGGACAAACUUACCUUCUCCCUUGAUCACCGAGUGAGAGAUAAGUCCAUGGACGACAAGGUGGAAUACACAAAUGGAGAAAAUGCUUAUGGGUAUGUAGACAAAGCAAUUACAAAAGUAUUCACUCUAACCUCUGAAGCGGAAAUAAAAAAAUUCUUUUCUCUCAACAAAGAUGUGAAAACAUGUGAUUAUUUAAUAGCACAAGGGUCAUUGAAGAAAGACUUGACAAAUAACAAGUGUUAUAGGAAGACCUUUUGUGGGGUUAUCCCUCACACUGAUUACAUACAAGAAGGGUCCAUGAGCAGCAAAGGGAAAAGCGACUUAAUCCAUUGCGCCUACAUGAAUGACACACACAUUAUUAUUUACCAUGUGGGGAAGCCACAACUCCUCAAGCCAAAAGUUGUGUACAAGGAAAUAUUUUUCCAGGACAGUGAAAAGGGAGUUCUCAGUUGUCACGCCAUGGACAUUAGCUUAAGGUAUGUAUCGGUCCACACGGAUAGCAGCAACAAUUGCAUACAGGACCACUUCCAGGAGCAUCUCAAACAAUUGUGUAAUGAGAAAAAGUCGUGCGAAAUUGACUUCAAAAAUAUUAAGAACGAGGAUAACUGCACCCUGGGCUCCAAUUUCCUCAUCCAUGUUAAUUACGAAUGCAUAGAUAGGUGUAAUCAAAAAGAAAAUGAAACAUGUGAUAUUUACAACGGGGAGGGACGCUUACGUACUUGUAGUUAUGGGUAUAAUAUGCUUCCACGUGAUAAAGACUUUUGUGAAGAGAACUACACCUGUAAUGGUGCUAUUUGUUCAGUGAAUCAGUUUUGUGAUGAGGAAACCAACUCGUGUUCGUGCAAAACGUCUGACCUACCAGUGGAGGGAACAGAAUGUUUGUACACCGAUGUGUGUAAAGCUAUUGAAUGUCCUAAAGACUCCACUUGCGUUGUUACCAAAGACUCGAAGAAGGCAGAGUGUAGAUGCCCUGAUAAUAAGUACUUUUACAAAAAUGAAUGCUACGACGUAGGAGAAUUGGAGGAACUCAUAAAGAAACAGACCACCACUCAACACAAACCAUACAAAAAUGAACUCUUCGUCCGUUCUGCUUUAAAGCCUGAACAUAUAUACAUGGAGUGUGAAAACGGCUACUCCAUCGAGGUGGUUAAUGCAACGCUCUCUUGUUACCACGUAACUUUCCAGGAUAACAAAAUUAAGUAUAUCACUGAUGGACUACGCAAGGCUUGUGACGGCAAGGCUAGGUGCGCCUUUGGUAACAGCGUAGAUCAGGUACCCACUCUGGACCCGGGUAAUACGUGUGGAACCAAGGGAACUAUUUAUCAGUACGAGUACGUGUGUGUAGGUGAGUUAGGGGGAAGUACCUCUUCAUCGCCAUCGUUACCGCUACCAGGGCUCGCAGAACGGACACACAGUCCCUCCAGGACCGUUCACACGAAAGAUAAAGGUGCCGUUCAUAAGAACAAGCAGGAGAACGAGACAGGUGCAAUUUUUAGGAGUAGGUUUCACAGCCAAAUUGAAUGCCCAGGGGGAUCUAUAAAAGUAAACAAGGCUCUGUUAAAAACGGGAGACGGGUGCCAAGAUCUUGAUUUAACUAAUUCAGUUAAGGAGUACUGUGACGAGCUAAGCUUUUGUGAUAUUGGAUUAACACACCACUUUGACACAUACUGCAAGCAUGAUCAGUACCUUUUCGUGCACUACACUUGUAAAGACCUGUGUCGCACAUGUGAAUCUAAUUCGUCCUGCUACGGAAACAAGCACAAGUAUAAGUGCUUCUGCAACAGUCCGUAUGUGAAUAAAAAUAAUCAUUCCAUUUGUGACGCGCCAAAAGAGUGCAACUCGGAGGCAUGCGGCGAACAUCAAACAUGCAAAAUGGUAAAGGACAAAGCGACAUGCAUAUGUGAAGAAAAAUACAAAAAUGUUAAUGGGGUGUGUGUACCGGACGACAAGUGUGACCUUCUGUGUCCCUUAAAUAAAGAAUGCGUGAUAGAAAAUGGAAAAAAAAUAUGUAGGUGUAUUAAUGGGUUGACUCUAGAGAACGGACUUUGUGUCUGCGGGCAUGAUAGUAAAAUGGAGGAAGGAAAUAUAUGUGUACCCAAGAAUAAAUGUAAACGAAAAGAAUACCUGAAUGCCUGUCCAAAUGAAAAGGAAAAAUGUGUACAUGAUAAAGAGAAAGACAUUGUGAGAUGUGACUGUGUUGAUAACUUCCAUCGGAACGAACGAGGAAUUUGUGUCCCCGUCGAGCAUUGCAAACAUGUUACUUGUAAAGAAAAUGAGAUUUGUAAAGUUAUAGACAACAUAGCCAAGUGUGAGUGUAAAGAAAAUUUAAAAAGGAAUAAACAGAACGAAUGUAUAUUCGAAAAUUUGUGUGCUAUUAAUAAUGGGAACUGUCCGCCGGAUUCACAAUGCAUUUAUCACGAAAAAAAAAAACAUGAGUGUGUGUGUCAUAAGAAGGGACUCGUCGCUAUUAAUGGUAAGUGCGUCUUGCAGGACAUGUGCACGACUGGUCAGAAUAAAUGCUCGGAAAAUUCAAUAUGUGUAAAUCAAAUAAAUAAAGAACCACUGUGCAUAUGUUUGUUUAACUAUGUGAAGAGUCGGGCGAGCCUCUCGCCGGGGGGAGCCCAAACGUGCGUGAUGAGUAACCCCUGCCUCACGAAUAAUGGGGGGUGCUCGACAAAUGAGGUCUGCACACUUAAGAAUACGAAGGUGGUUUGUUCCUGUGGGGAAAAUUACCACCCCAGGGUGAAGGCAAGUCAACUGGGUCAGAGGGGUCAGCGGGGCCAACCGGAACAACUGAGCCAGCGCGGCCAAAUGGGCCAAAUGGGCCAGACGCACUUACCAGAAGAUAGCAUGUGUCUGCCAAAAACAUCUGAGGUGGACGAAAUCUUCACCUUCCAGUACAACGACGAUAUGGCCAUCAUUCUCGGAUCCUGCGGAAUCAUCCAGUUUUCACAAAAGAAUGAUCAAGUCAUAUGGAAAAUUAACAACAGCAAUAAUUUCUACAUUUUUAAUUAUGAGUAUCCAUCUGAGGGUAAGUUGGAGGCACAAAUUGCAAACCAGCGCGACAGCAGCAUUUUGUACUUGAAGAAAAGGAUCGGGCGGAAAGUCCUGUAUUCUGACUUUGAGUUGAGUCAUGAGGGAUGUUUCUAUGGAAGCACAUUUCUCUAUGGUAACCCGCAGGUGGCUUAA